AUGGAUGGAGAAGAAGUUAGGGAAGGAAAAGAAAUUAGGAAUGACGAAAAAAGUAAGGAUGAAGAAGAAGUUAGGGAAGGAGAAGAAGUUAGGGAAAGAGAAGAAGUUAGGGAAAGAGAAGAAGAAGUUAAAGAAGGAGAAGAAAUUAAGGAAGGAGAUGAAGUUAAGGAUGGAGAAGAAGUUUGGAAUGGAGGAGAAGUUUGGAGUGGAGAAGAAUCAAAGUAUGGAGAACAAAUUAAGGAAGAAGAAGAUGGAGAAGAAAUUUGGGAUGUAGAUGAAGUUAAGGAAGCAGAAGAAGUUAAGCAUGGAGAAGAAAUUAGGGAAGUAGAAAAAGUUAAGAAUGAAGAAAAAGUUAGGGAAGGAGCAGAAUUUAAGGAUGGAGAAAUAGUUUGGGAUGGAGAAGAAGUGAAGGAAGGAGAAGAGGUUAAGGAAGAAGAAGAAGUUUUGGAUGGAGAAGAAGUUAAAGGUAAAGAAGAAACUAUGGAUGGGGAAGAAGUUUGGGAUGGAGAAGAAGUUAAGGAGGGAGAAAUGAUUACGGAUGGAGAAGAAGUUAGGGAAGGAGAAGAAAUUAGGGAUGACAAAGUAAGUAAGGAUGGAGAGGAAGUUAUGGAUGGAGAAGAAGUUAGGGAAGGUGAAAAAAUUAAGGAAGGAGAAGAAGUUAGGGAAGGUGAAAAAAUUAAGAAAGGAGAAGAAGUUAGGGAAAGAGAAGAAGAAGUUAAAGAAGGAAAAGAAGUUAAGGAUGAAGAAGAUGUUUGGGAUGGAGGAGAAGUUUGGAAUGGAGAAAAAUCCAAGUAUGGAGAAGAAAUUAAGGAAGAAGAAGUUUAG